AUGGUGGCGGCAGUGGUAGUGCUAGUGGAGGAAAGGGAGGGAGUGGAGGUGGUGGCUAUGGUGGCGGUGGAAAAAGGAGGAAGUGGCGGUAGUGGUGGUGGCAGCCAUGGAGGAAGUGGAAGUGGUGGUAAGGGAGGUAAUGGAGGAGGCAGCUCCGGUGGAGGUAAGAAAGGAGGGGGGAAAGGUGGUGGUGGGGGUGGCUAUGGAGGUGGUAGCAAAGGAGGCAGUGGGGGUAGCGGUGGUGGCAGUGGCGGCAAAGGAGGAAGUGGAGGUGGUGGCAGCCAUGGGGGUGGAGGAAAAGGAGGAAGUGGUGGCAGCGGUGGAGGAGGUAAAGGAGGAAGCGGAGGCAGAGGUAGUAGCCGUGGAGGUGGCUAUGGGGUGAUAGCAAAGGUGGCAGUGGUGGUCAAGGAGGAAGUUCAGGAGGUAGCCAUGGCAGUGGAGGAAAAGGAGGAAGUGGUGGCGGCAGCGGUAACUAUGGAGGUGGUGCCGGUGGUAGAGGUGGUCAUGGAGGAAAUGGUGGUAAAGGAGGGAGUGGAGGAGGUAGUUAUGGUGGUGGUGGAAAAGGAGGAAGUGGUGGCAAUGGUGGAGGUGGCGGCCAUGGUGGCGGUGGCAGCAAAAGUGGAGGUGGGGGGGGCAGCGGCAGUGGGUAUUAAGAACUAUAAUUAA